CUUUUGCUGGAGUCUAUUCUCUAUAUCCUGCACAACUCGUUUACGAGACUUUCGGUCAAGAAUGACCACCAAAUAUCGCCCAAUCACUGCAAUCACUGAACUCCAGGUUCCCCAGGGGCUGGAGCUUGAUGCCGAACAGUGGGCCGGCUAUUUUCAACCGUUGGUGCACGCAGACGGCCACAGGGGGACAGUCUGGGGAAGGUCACAAAAGGAGCCCGGGGUAGUGCUUCUGGUAACAUUAUGGGACCAUCCCGACGAACUUAGAGAUUUCCAAGAUUCGCCUUGUGCCCAGCUCCUCAGGGAGUCUCUCUUGGCAGUUAAUGCCCUACAACUCUCUCAUCACGAGGCCUUAAAGGAAGAAAAUUGGUUUCACUAUCUAAAAACAUCCUUUGUUCAGUUCUAUUGGGUCUACCUUCCCGCAGCAAUGACCCCUGAGCAAGAGACCCGGUUUGGCAAAUUUCAUGGCAUCAAAACACCAGCUUUUGGACCUAGUUAUCCAGCAAGCCGGUCACAUUCCACCCGCACUCCGGACAAGAUAUGGGCUACUCAGACAGAAUUGUGGCGUGGCCAAGAAGCCCGACUAAUGCUCUGGGCGCACUUCUGGCGAGAUGAAAAGGCGGCCGAUUUCAGGUUCUUGAUAGACAACUUCAUGACAUACCAAAAUAAAGUCGAAGUGCUCUCUGAUGUUCUUGUUGAAGCCGGUGCCUUGGAAUGGAGAGAUGAUUUCUAUACUUUUCAGGAGGUGCCCAUUCUGUGAAUAUCAUUGUGGUUUUGUGUUUAAGGCUCUUGCUCUUGUGAUAUAGGUGGCGGAUUCGAAGAGCUGAUACCAAUCUGAAAGACAUUCCCUCACCCGCAUUGAUGCUCCUUCUUUUGAGUAUCUCUCUCUUGUCGAUAAUGGUCCCCCUUGCCUCACAAUGCCGUCGUAUUAUUGAAUCAAUUCGGCAACGCCUGAAUGAAAGCUCCAUCUUCUAUUGGGUUUCGCCACGGUACCCCACCGCGUCUGCUGAAAAUACCAGUAUCCCACGCUGAAGAAGAGGUAUGUUUCCGGGUUUUCGCGGAGGAGGCUCAAGUAGUCUCUAUCCUGGUUUUUAACUGCCUGAUAGGGAUUAAUUUCAAGCGC